AUGUGGACUCUUUUGGUUCUCUGCAGUGUGGUCACCUUACAUGGAGUGCAAGGUGCUGUUCGCCUCCAAACAACUGAGGAAACACCAACACCACCAGCUGAUAUAAAACUCGCCACAUAUUCUGCUACACCAGACCAGCCCUCAUGUCGUUACAACUGCGGCUGGCACCUGGGAAGCUGUUCCUGCACAAGCUCUUGCCGUAGCUAUGGCAACUGUUGCCCUGACUACAACUAUUACUGCCCAGCUACGACUCAAAGACCUCACGUCACACCUCGGCCCUCGUGUUAUAACAACUGUGGCUGGCACAUGGGAAGCUGCUCCUGCACGGGCUCUUGUCAAUACUAUGGCAACUGUUGCUAUGACUACCACACUACCUGUCUGCCUACUACAACUCCCAGACCUAUCAGACCAACCACAGCUUACUGCUAUGCAACCACCACAGCUCAGCCCUCAUGUCGUUAUAACUGCGGCAGACACAUGGGAAGCUGCUCCUGCUCAAGCUCUUGUGAAUGGAAUGGCAACUGUUGUUAUGAUUACUACUCUGUCUGCUAUGCCUCAACUCAGGCACCAACCACUGCAAUGCCCUGUGGAGGCUCUCUGUAUGGCUCUGGUACCUUCUCCAGCCCAAACCAUCCCAACUACUACGACGACAACACCUACUGCGUCUGGCAGCUCAGGGCUGAGUAUGACCAAAGAAUCGUCCUGUCAUUCUCAUACCUGCAAAUGGAGAACUGCUGCAACUGCGACUACAUUGCUGUCUACGACGGGCCGUCUGUUGGCUCACGAUAUCUGGGGAAAGUGUGCAACAACAGUUUGACUUCUUUCUACUCCACCUCCAACUACAUGACCGUGCUCUUCCGGACUGAUGGUUCUGUCGUUGGCCGAGGCUUCAGUGCAGACUUCAUCAGCUCUCUACCUCCGAGCUCAGGUCGAGUGGACUGUUCCUCAGACACCAUGAAUAUUGUAAUCCAGAGGAGUUACCUGAACUCUCUCGGCUACGACGGGUAUAGUCUGUACCUGAAUGACUCGUACUGCAGACCCCGGGUCACCAGUUAUCAGGUGGUCUUCAGCUUCCCCAUUAACACAUGUGGCAACGUGCGAAAGUUUGAGCAGGGCAGAGUUGUUUACACCAACAGUCUCCGUGCCUACACCUCCAGCUCCGGAGAAAUCACACGUCAGUCUCACCUUAAGAUCAACGUGGGCUGUCGGAUGGAGCAGGACUCAGUGGCCCAGAUCAUGUAUGUUGUGCGUCAUCAUGGUAACAGCAGCAUUACAGGCACAGGCAGAUUCAACACCACCAUGGAUUUCUACACAUCCAGCAGCUUCUACUAUAAGGUGAAUCAAUUUCCAUAUGAGGUGACACUCAACCAGAACUUGUAUGUCCAAGUGGACCUGAGGAGGAGUGACAGCUCUCUGGUCCUCUUUCUUGACACCUGUGUGACCUCACCAUCACCCCAUGAUUUCUACAGCAGACCUUACUACCUGGUCCGCAACGGCUGUCCUGCAGACAACACCUACGCGGCCUACUACUCUGGGACCCGGCCCUACGCCCGCUUCACUUUUAAAUCCUUCCAGUUCCUGAGAGCCACAGAGUCGGUGUACAUUCAGUGCAAGGUCCUGAUAUGCCAAGCCUCCGACUACAGCUCCCGCUGCCGCCGAGGCUGCAUGAAACGUGCGACCAGAGACCUGGGAUCACAGCACGACAGCGAAACUCUGGUCCUGGGUCCCAUCCAACUGAAAGACCCUGAGAAAAAGGAAGAAAAGACUCUUGAGGAGGAAAGGGCUUAACUUGAUUCUGCAGUGAGCUGCUUCUAUUAUCUUUACAAAUGAUUACAGCUGAUUCUGUUCAUGGUGACACUGAAUCAUAGCCACCAUUUUUAUUAUUUUACCACAUUAACUCAUUAAAGGCAUCAUCAAAAGACAA